UCCAGACUCCAGAGUCCAGAGUCAUCCCUCCCAACUCCGCUGCUACGCCUUCUUCCACAUCGCAAUCACGCGCGGCGCACCCGUCCGGCUCUCCCCCUCAGGCCCUCACCCUCCCUCAGGCUCACGCCCUCACCUCAGUCCUCACCGCUCUCGGCCGCCUCCUUAAACCCUCCCCUCGAACCGGAACCCAACCGAGAACAAAUCCAAAACCCAAGCCGCACCCAUGUCUCGCAUCGCGGCCUCGCGCCUCCUCCCUAGGAUCUCUGCGCUCUCCUUCUGCACCGCCUCCCCGGCAACCGCCGCCGCUUCCUCCUCAUCAUCCACGGCGGCGGCGGCGGCAGCGGCAGCCGCCACCGCCUCCGAGGCCUCCUCCACCGCCGCAGAUCCAUCCUCCCAGCCGCCCCAGGCAGCCCGCAAGCCGUGGGGCGCGCUCAAGUUCGCCGCCUUAACUGCCGUGUCCGCCGCGGUUGGCGGCACGGCCUACGUCAGCUACGCUUAUUCUCUGGAUGAAGUGGAUCAGAUGACGCGGGAGCUCCGGAAGAAGUCGAAGCAGCCCAUUCCUGAGGAUGCUUCCGGCUUUGAGAGGUUUCAAGCUAUGGCUUAUUCAUCUGCUAUGAAAGUUCCUGUUGCCGCUAUUGAGGCAUACCUGGAUGUGAGGAGCCAGAUUGAAGAUCAAAUCCGGGGCUUUAGCGAACCAGUAUCAGACAAACUUCUUCCAGAUCUUCUUCCUCAAGAGCAGCAUGUAUUGACUCUCGUUCUGGAUCUGAACGAGACUCUUGUAUACUCAGAUUGGAAGCGUGAGAGAGGAUGGAGGACCUUUAAGAGGCCAGGAGUGGAUGCCUUUCUUGAACAUCUUGGGAAGUUUUAUGAAAUUGUUGUGUAUUCUGAUCAGCUUAGUAUGUAUGUUGAUCCUGUUGUUGAUAGGCUGGAUCCAAAGGGCAAUAUUCGACACAGGCUAUCAAGAGUUGCAACUAAGUACGAAAAUGGAAAACAUUAUCGGGAUCUGUCAAAGCUGAACAGAAACCCUGCUCAAGUUCUUUAUAUCAGCGCUCAUGCUAAAGAGUCAAGCCUGCAGCCUGAAAAUUCUGUGGAAAUUAAACCUUGGAAGCUUGAAAGUGAUGACACUCAACUGCUUGAUCUUAUUCCAUUUCUAGAAUAUGUUGCGAUGGUAAGACCUUCUGACAUCAGGUCUGUUCUUGCAUCCUAUCAAAGUGGUGAUAUUGCCGCCGAGUUUAUUGAGCGCUCUAAGGAGCACCAGAGGCGCAUGCAAGAACAAAAGAAAUCAGGACGCAUAUGGAGACGAUGAGGACUAAAAGUUGGAAGGAAAACAUAUGAAUGUACACACUAAAGACAAUUCAAACUUUUUGGCGCUUCAAUCCGAAUGAAGUGAAUGGAUCCAUCAAGGAUUGCAAUUUUGUCAUCGUUUGCAUUGGCGGUUAAUAAAUGUUUUCAUUUUAACAGGUCUUACAACGAUACCAAACGUUAUUUAUAAUUGUUGAUGAGAGGCCAUACCGGCCGAAAUAUUGCGCUUGCUGCUUGUAUUUUUUUUAAUAAUCUGUUGCUUGCAUUUUUUUAAGGGUCA